AUGAAGUCAGCUAUCUCUAUCGUCUCUCUUCUUGUGGCCACUAUUGCCGCCGCUCCGUUGGAGGCUCGAUCGGUCCCGACUGUGACCCUUGCGCUCUCGAAUGAUCAAAGUGGGGCUUAUUCAACUGCCGCCUUCGCUGCCGAUGGCCUCGACAAGAGCAUUUCCUCCCUUUUCGGUUCCAAGUCUGUCGGAUCGAGUGGGCACGUCUUGGCUUCGUCCGCUCAGCUGUCUCAGUUCCCAGGCACAAUCAGUUGCACUCUCAAGAACAACGGUGCUAUCUUCACUUUGACGGCCCAGAGCACUUAUAUCGAUCUCGACGGCAACCCUGGUGCUGCUACUCCCGUGAAUCUCGACAACGCUCGUGUCAACUGCCACGUGUAG